AUGACGUGGCGUUCCUCCUUCCACCAGUCCAAGUUCCGUCACGUCUUCGGUAAGGCGUCCAGCAGAGAGCGUGGCUACGAUGGCGUUCCCAUCACACGUAGCGUCCAUGACAACCACUACUGCUCAGUCAACCCAUGCUUCAUCGCCAUGGUGACAGAGUGUGCUGGGGGCGGGUCCUUCCUGGUGCUGCCCAUCCAACAUACAGGCAGAGUGGACCCUCAGCACCCGAGGGUAUGUGGUCACAGGGCCCGAGUUCUGGACAUCAAGUGGAACCCAUUCGACGACCGCUGUAUUGCAUCAUGUUCCGAGGACUGCACAGUGAAGGUCUGGGAGAUUCCGCUCCGAGGCGUCCAACGGAAUCUCACCCAGGCUAAGAAGACACUGAUCGGCCACUCCAGGAGGGUAGGACUUAUCGAAUGGCAUCCGACUGCUGAGAACCUUCUGUUAAGCUCUGCCUACGACUUCAAGGUACUUCUGUGGGACGUGUCCCAGGACGGGGCUGUGCUCAGGCUCCCAGUGCGCGUGGUUAUGGCGCCCAUCCACACAUCAUCAUCAUAUUUCCCUUCUGAGAUGUUGCUGCUGUCCGCCAGCUUCAACCAGGAUGGAAACCGGCUGGCGGUGGCAUCCAAAGACAGACGUGUACGAGUGCUGGAUCCUCGAACAGGACGGGUUCUUCAGGUGUCCUGUAACAAGUCUCACAGAGCCAAUAAGGUCAUCUACAUGGCAGGGAUGAAGAUGCUCCUCAGCACCGGCUGCUCACCCUGGAACCAUAGACAGAUAAUGCUGUGGGACCCGGAUGACCUGUCUGAACCUCUGUAUGAAGAAGAUCUGGAUGGCUCUGCAGGAGUUCUUUUCCCGUUCUUUGAUCCUGACACCAAUAUGCUCUACCUGGCUGGGAAGGGUGACGGAAACAUCAGGUAUUACGAGCUGAGUUCUGAGAAACCUUACAUCAGCUUCCUGACAGAGUUCAGGUCACCACUGCCCCACAAAGGACUCGCAGUGAUGCCAAAGCGCGGCCUGAACGUGAACAUUUGCGAGGUUUUCAGGUUCUAUCGUCUGAUUGCCGUCAAAGACCUGGUGGAGCCACUGUCCAUGAUCGUACCACGCAAAAAGUCAGGAACCUUUCAUGAGGACCUGUACCCCAUGACAGCAGGAAACCGGGCCGCCAUGACAGCUGAGGAGUGGCUGGCUGGUUUCAACAGAAGCCCCAUCUUCAUGUCUUUACGUCCCGGCGCGCCAGUGGUCAACCCUUACCCAGAAAGCCUUGCCAACAAAACAAAGUACCAGAAGGGCCCAGAGAAGUUUCUGGAGGAACAAGUGGCCUACCAGGAUGCCAAAUACUGCAGGGAUGUCAGCGAGCUUUCAGGGUGGCAGCCGGAUGAGACGCAGGCGCCACUUUGGACAUACGACAUCACGCCGCACUGUUGCGAGCCUGCAGAAAGGCCGCCGCCCCCUACUGAGGAUGAGCUACUUGAGGCGUUCUACAAACAACAACAGGAGAUCAGAGGUCUGCGGGAAGAACUUGACCAAAAAGAUGGGAGGAUCGCUCAGCUGGAACAGGAAGUCCAAAACAGAAAAAACUGCAGAAGGCCACUUGCUGACAAUUCUUGCUCCUUUACAGGACCAGAAUAAUAAAAUACCAACAGACUGUCAAUUUGUUGGCCUUUAGGACUACCAGAGACUGAUGAAGGUCCAGGAAAUUAAUCCAG